UACUUCGAGCUGUGAUUGGCUAAUACCCGUUUUUCAGACAAUCCUAGCAGCCAAUCGUACUGCAGAAGGGCGGAAUACGGGUAGGAAACGCAGUCUAGUGAGGUUUUCCCCGUCUGGCGCUGUCGAGAGAAACCCAGACAGACUGAGAGGAGACGAAGGAAGUGGAACUCUACUCUGUCCCCAUGCCAGUACACUGAGGCUGUGAGACGAGCCAACAGGAAGACCGUGGAGGUGUGAGACACGUGUGGGCAGACAGGUCACAGUGUGUGUGAGAGAGAGAGACAGCAUGGCGAGUGUGACGGUGCCAGUUAGAGACAUGAGUGCUCUGCAGUACGGGGGGAAGCGCGUGUGUAGGGACAGACCAGAGGAUGCGCCCAUAAAGAAGCGUUUGAUGGCGGAGAUGAAGCUGACGUGCAGAGUGAAACGGGAAGAUUCGGAGUGUGACAAAGCCUUGGACCUGAGUCCGGGUCUCAAACACACUCUGGCUCAGUUCACGCUGAGCAGCCGGAGCUCACUGGGAGGACCGGCCGCUUUCUCCGCACGCACAGACACGACCUCACCGCAGCCCGUCGCCCCACCCCUUCCUUCCCCCUCUGUCCUGGGGGCGGGGCCUCUGUUGGUGCCGAGCGACAGGUCGACCGAGUUGACGCACGCGAUGCUGGAGGGCGACUCAAUCUCCAGCUUUGUUGUGGGCGGAGAGAAGCGUCUGUGUCUGCCGCAGGUUUUGAACUCGGUCCUGCGAGACUUUACGCUGCAGCAGAUUAAUGCCGUGUGUGAUGAGCUGUAUGUUUACUGUGCUCGCUGUGACGCCGACCAGCUUCACGUCCUCAAAGUGCUCGGUAUCCUGCCCUUCAACGCCCCGUCCUGUGGCCUCAUCACGCUGACCGACGCUCAGAGGCUGUGCAAUGCGCUGCUCCGUCCCGGCUCCACCCACAACCGCCCCCAGCCCGGGGUCAAAGGUUCAUCUGUUAACGGACAGUUCGGCUUUCAGGUGGAACACCAGUGCCUGGGGAAGUGUCGCGGCGUGUUUGUGCCACAGUUCUACGUUCGUCCGGACGCACCGUGUGUGCAGUGUGUGGAGUGCCAGCUGCUGUUCUCGCCCCAGAACUUCGUCAUGCACUCGCACCGCACGCCCGACAAACGCACCUGCCACUGGGGCUUCGACUCCACGCGCUGGCCGCGCUACCUGCACCUGAGCCGUCGCUACGAGGGCACCGCAGACGAGCCCAAACUCAGCACAGUGCUUGACCAGAUGAAGGAGAAGUUUCACCUGACAUCAGACACCACACCUGUGGACCAGAAGGUUGUAGAUGAGGACUCCCAUGUGAGGAAGUCUUGUUCUGCCACUGAUCAGGUGUGUGACAUGAAGAGAAAGGGAUCUCUGGCCUUUACUCGUCUGUGCCCUGACAUCAAACAGGAAGUUGGACCUCCUUCGAUCCUCCAUCCCAGCUACUGCCUGUACCCUUACGAUAAGAUGGUGGCACCCAACGUUUCUCUACAGAAGAACAAUGAGAGUGAUGGAGCAGACACUUUAGGAACCCUGCUAAAACAACACUACAGCAGGACAACACGCGAUGUCCAUGCCACCACUUCUUCCGUCAUACACCAACAGAAAUAUUGCUGUGGUGAUGAAACGUGUCCACCCCCAUCGACCGUCUCCAUGGAAACAGACGGGAAGGAAGAGGAUGAUAAGAAGCAGCUGGUGUUUGAGAUGGUUCACAUGUACAACAAACAGCAGGAGAAGCUGAAUGCUACGCUGCACACGCAGAAGGAGCUAGAGACGGAGCUGCAGGCGGUGUGUGACGGUGAUGCAGAGAGGUGGAGGCGCUUGACUGUGGAGCACAGUGAGCUGCAGAGCGAGUUGGAGGCAGUGCACACUGAGCAUGCUCAGAAAUUGGGGCGGGUUCAGCAGGAGCAGAGAGAGUUGGAGAAAAGACUGGAAAAGCUCCGACACACAUACAGGCAGUGUACCUGUCAGAGCCAGGAGGAGCAGUACACCGGCCAGCUGUGUGACCUGAGAGCGAGACUGGAGCAGGCCGAGGCAGAGAGACAGGAGCUGCAGGAUGAGCUGAGGAGGGAGAAAGACGCCCGGAAGAAACUGGAGCUGCUCAUCAGUCAGCUUCAACAGCAGAUCACCAGCUCAGCCAAUCACAGCCCUCAGAGCAUCUACUUGACCAAUCACAGCUCUCAAAUCACUGACUCAGACACUUGCAGCUCUAAAACCCUCACAGCAGCCAGUCACAGUCCUCAGAGCCAACACACACACUCACCUGCGACCACACACAGCGGGGCCGAGUUGUCCUGAACACACACACACACACUUCAGAAUGAAUUUUGAGGACUUUUUUUAUAAUUCAUUUUAUAAAACAUUUUAUUAGUAUUAUUAGUAGUUGUAAUUAUUAUUAUUAUUAUUAUUAUUAUACCAUUGUUGAGGUUUACUCUGAUGUGUGUGUGCACAACAAUCGCAACACACACACACACACACACACACACAAUGCAGCUGUGAGUAUUAAUAUCUAGACACACAACUCAUGGUGAGAGAAAGCUUUACAUCACCAUCAUUUAAUUCAUACGUCAUUAAACACAGUCAUUUAUUUAUUUAUUUAUUUUCCAUCCAGUGAACCCUGUGUUCCAUGAUUGGAAAUAACACACGAAUCACUUAAGUCCCAAUGAAUAUUUUAAUGACUGAAUAUUAAUAUUCAUAACUUUACAGAGUAAAACUUUACAGUCCCACACGAACACACACACACACACACACACACACACACACACACACACAUCAGUGACAUGCCAAACAAAAGCUGUGCCACAAAUCACACACUUCUGUACUGUUCUAUACAAAAGUGUACAAAAGUAGAAGAGGGUGUUGAUGUAGACAUGUGUUAACGAUGUUCCUGUUGUUCACCACUAAUCAGAAGACGCAGAUCGUACGCACGUUUGUCCGUCUCGUUAGCAGUGACACAUUUAACUGUCCACAAAGCACUGCUGGUGGUGUUGGUAAUGAACUAGUCACGUUGUACACAGCGAGUGUGUGAAGGAGGAAACGUUCUCUAAACUGCAUCGCAUCAUGUAAUAAUAAUGAUCAUUUUUAUUAUUAUAAAGGUUUAUUGAGGUCAUUGUAUUAUGUGAAUAAUAGAUAUUUAUUGUUACAAAUGUUUUUUCUUAUAAUCAUCUUUAAUUUAUAUCAUGAUUGUCUGAUAUAAAUUCUAGUUAUGGUUGUAUCCUAGUGUCAUUUUACUCUGUGUGUGUGUGUGUGUGUGUGUGUGUGUACACUCCUGUCUUUACUCUGUACUCUUAAUUCUGCAGAUUGAACAGAUUGUUACUGCUCCUGUGUAAAUAUCAUUUUGUA